GUCCGGUACACUUGGGUUGGAAUACAUCCUCCUUUGAGGUUAUCAUAUUCUUUUAGGAUCAUCCACACCCGAGAGACAAACGAACAUACCUUGUUUUUAGUGUCUCUCUUUCUUGCAUCUGGGUAAGUGUUUCUAUAUCCAGUAGAAGUAAAUUGAACCAGAGGUUUCAUAUGCUAAACUUUCUUAUAUGAAUAUUUGAUUUUUGAAUUUUUCUGGGAUGUAAAUUGCUUCUGGAGUUGUGAAAUUUUGAUAUGAAAAACUGAUUAUUGUAAGCAGUUGUACAAAUUGCAAUAUAGCUUAUCAAUGGAAAUCCUCAAGACUUUAUGGAAAAGUCCUAUUGGUCCCAAAACGACUCACUUUUGGGGCCCUGUUUUUAACUGGAGUCUUCCUAUUGCGGCAUAUGUAGACAGAAAUAAACCACCUGAACAAAUCUCUGGAAGGAUGACAGGAGUUUUGUGCGUUUAUUCUGCGUUGUUCAUGAGGUUUGCAUGGAUGGUUCAGCCACGCAACUUACAUCUUUUAGUGUGUCAUGCUGCAAAUGAGACUGUGCAACUCUAUCAAUUCUCACGCUGGGUAAAUGCUCAAGGGUCCUCACCGCAGCAGAAAAAAGAGGAACCUGAAAGCUGA